GCAUAAAACUUUGAAUUAUGAGCAAAAAAAACUUCCAUACUUUUCAAAGCUGAUUUAUCAUUUCAAAUUUUGCAGCAAUUUUAUUUUUUUAAUUCUUUUUUUUACAUUUGUAAACGUUUUCUGUAACAUUUUUAGCCUUUUUUAAUAUUUCACCUUUUGACCUUUCCUCCUUUCAGCCGCCCUGUUGAUUCCUCUGCACAGGUGAGUCGCGCAGGUGAACAUCCGCUCAGCUGAUGCGGAUCUUCCUCAUGUUUCAUCCGCGAGGAUAAAAUUAGAAACUUUACCGUGGAGCUCUAUAAGCACCGCCGCGGCUCGUGAGCGCGUGCGGGAGGGGUGGUGGCGCUCAGACCAAUCAUCUGCUCGCGGGGGGAGGAGGGGGAGGGGGUGGUGCUGCUGCUGAGGCUCUCAUGAGAGCUGAAGUCAGUUUCCAGAGACGCUGCAGACGCGAUGCUGCAGGAGAAGCUACUCCUCCUUCACAAGUGAGUUUCUCUCUGAUUUUAUUGAACAAAAAGUUUUAGUCUCUUCAUGAUGAAACACUCUGGAGGGAAGAAGCUUCUGCUGAUAACCUGUUUCAUGUCGUCUUAAAGUGUCCUUGAGCUCACUCACCUUGAUGGUUUUCUGCAGAUCAGACGGUGGCGUCUCCUAAUGUGAUUUGCUGCAGGAAGGAAGAAUCUCCGUCAGAAAGAGUCCCGCGUGUUUGCACCAACUUCCUCCUCUGAACAAAAUGUGGACUCCUCUGUGAGGAUCAGAAGAUGAACGAGUCCUCCUGCUGCCGUCCUCCUGACACCAUGUACCAGCAGAGUUCCAGGUGGGACCUGAACGCCAGCUGUGAUCCGUCGACUCCUCGCUGUAACUGGACGUCAGAGGACGGCGCCCUGCAGCUGCCCACCUUCUCCACGGCGGCGAAGGUCCGAGUUAUCAUCACCUUCAUCCUGUGCGGCCUGUCCACCCUCUGCAACUCGGCUGUGCUCUGGGCGGCCAGCGGCCACAAGCGGAAGUCCCACGUGCGGGUGCUGAUCGUCAACCUGACGGUGGCGGAUCUGCUGGUCACCUUCAUCGUGAUGCCGCUGGACGCCACGUGGAACAUCACGGUGCAGUGGCUGGCGGGGGACGCGGCCUGCAGGUUCCUCAUGUUCCUCAAGCUGCAGGCCAUGUACUCCUGCGCUUUCGUGACGGUGGUGAUCAGUCUGGACAGACAGUCGGCCAUCCUCCGCCCGCUGUCCAUCAGCACGGCCCCGCAGAGGAACAGGAGCAUGCUGGCGGCGGCGUGGACCAUGAGCGCCGUGCUCUCCGUCCCUCAGAUGUUUAUUUUUCAUAACGUGACCAUCCCCCACCCCGUCAACUUCACCCAGUGCACCACUAGAGGGAGCUUCGUGACCCACUGGCAGGAAACGGCGUACAACAUGUUCACCUUCACCUGCCUCUUCCUGCUGCCGCUCACCAUCAUGAUCAUUUGUUACACCCGGAUCUUCCUCCAGAUCUCCAAGCAGAUGACCAAAAAAAACGUUUCCUCAGACGAGCCUCAUCUACGCUGCUCGAAGAACAACAUCCCCAAAGCCCGAAUGAGAACGCUGAAGAUGAGCUUGGUCAUCGUCAUCGGCUUCGUCGUGUGCUGGACUCCGUACUACCUGCUGGGCCUGUGGUACUGGUUCUUCCCCCACGACCUGGAGGGGAAGGUGUCCCACUCGCUCACUCACAUCCUCUUCAUCUUCGGGCUUUUCAACGCCUGCCUGGACCCCAUCAUCUAUGGCCUCUUCACCGUUCGCUUCCACAGGGGACGGAGGAAGUGUUACGGCAGGCCGACCGCCACACUCAGCCUGGAAAGCAAAGUGGUGACGGCCGAGGCUGGGAAGUGCUGCUCAACCUCCAGAGGAGACGGCGGGGAAAAGGACAACAACUCUGCACGGACUGAGCAGAGAUCCAGCGAUGGAAACGUCUGACUGUAGUCUGGAGGAGGACCACUUUUUCUACUUUGUGUCACAUCUAGAACGCAUAGAGAAAACCAACAGACUCUCAUCCCCAAGUCCUCACAUUGAAAUUUGAUUAAGGUCGCCUCCAUGUCACUUUAUCGAUGUUUUGACUGUCCCGACUUGUUGUUUCUUGACG